AUGAGGGAAAUCAUCGAAAACAAAGCAAGGCCCAUCACUGACAAGCCCAGUAAAUUGGAUGUACUCAAGAAAGUAUUACUCUCAGUGAAGAGGCUCCCCCUAGGUGUCAUUACUACUGCUGAAAAGAUCUGUCAAUGCGCCAAAGAUGAGUUGAAAAAUUAUCUUGAAUACCAUGGUACUAAUCAAAACUUUCAAUACUUUCAAGAGUACGUCAAGGAUCACUUCAAUGCUGCUGUGGUAUCUUUACAGCCUCAGGCCACUACGUCUACAUCCACUGGUGAAAGUGCAUCCAUCCCAGCUACACCGGUUAUUGCUCCUUCUGACUCUGUAGCGUUUCUUCGCCGCGACCUCUCUGGCAUGGACAUGGCAUCCGACAUGUCUUCUGUGUCUGGCGCCCCUUCACAUGCAGCAAUGUCUUCAAUCUCGCAUAAUCCCUCUGAUAUAUCCAUGGUUGAAGCUCCCCCCAGACAAUGUAGAAUACCGCACUUGUACCGUGUCUUUCAAGAGCCUUUUACGAAAGGAUGUGCCUUCCAAUCUUGUCGAGUCAUUUUUGCAGAAGCUAAAUACUGCAUUGCAUGA